CACGAAUCCCCGCAUUGUCCCGCAGGGCCUUUCAACCGGUCCUAUGUGCCAUCUGGCGGAUUUUCAUGACAUGCCGGAGUGAUAUGAGCUCGUAAAAACCACGGUGCUCGGUGUGUCUCAUAGAAAUGCUGGAUCAUCUGGGUGAGAGGCCUGGUGUUGGUGCUGCGGCCGCCGUCACGCUCGUCAUCCUUCUCAUUGCGUACUUAGCGCGCCUCAACCAACUCCUCCUCCGCACACCGGAUGAGAUCAAGAAGUUGGCAUCGACGAGAUGGAAAAGGGAGUUGCUGCGCGAGACAUAUCGGAGACUUGAACAACACCCGAUAGAGACUCAGGAUUAUGUUAGCCGCAUCCCUCCGAAGCUCGAGAGGCGGUACAUCGUCACCGGAGGCUCUGGCCUCGUGGGAGGUUACAUUAUCCUCCAGCUCCUCGAGCGCGGCCAGCCGCCGGAGAGCAUCCGCAUCGUUGACUUCAGGGCGCCCAACCGGGCUGAUAUGCUCCAGGGUCCGGCGACUCGCAUCGACUUUGUCCAGACCGAUGUAUCCUCGGCCGACGCAACCGACGGGGCAUUCAACAAAGAGUGGCAUCCCUCCGUUUCCCACUUGCCCCUAACCGUCUUCCACACGGCUGCCGUGAUCGUGCCCUCAGACCGGUCCAAACUGGUAUCGGGUUUCUGCGAGGCCGUCAAUGUCCGGGGCACGCAGAACGUCCUGGAUGCCGCGCGGCGGGCGGGAGCCGACGUGUUGGUGUCGACCACGUCGGCGAGCAUCAGCAUCCGCCCGGUGGAACUUUGGGUCCCGCCCUGGAAGUUGCACUCAAAGACGUCGCCGCGCGAUUACUGGCAGGUACUGGAUGAAAAGGACUUCUUCGAGCCGCUGCGCAGCCAUGGGGAGUUCUACGCAAACUAUCCCGCGUCCAAGGCGGCGGCCGAGCGGAUCGUUUGUGCGGCCAACUCCAAGGGGCUGAGGACGGGGUGCAUAAGGCCUGCGAACGGGGUGUAUGGGAACCCGACAGACAACACCGUUGGCGGAGCACUGGCCAAGGCUGUCUUGCCUACAUGGACCUCGCACAUCGUGCAGAGCUUCGCGCAUGGGGCCAACGUGGCGAUCGCGCACCUGGACUUCGAGGCCAUUCUCGCCGCUCCCGCGUCGGCCUCAGCGCCACAGGCUGGACGUCCGUUUGUGAUCACGGACCCUAAUCCUCCCACCCGCUACCAGGACCUCUACUUCCUCGUGCAGACCCUCGCCAUCACGCGCUUCCGGACCGUUGCUCUCCAGCCGAUCAUGAUGGUCCUGCUGUCAUACCCCAUCGAAUGGUACACCCUCGCGCUGGCGCGGUUUCCCUUCCUGCGGAAAGCACUACCCGAGCUCACGGGCGAGGUGAAGCACCUUCAGCCCGGCAUCUUCAGCAUCUGCACCCACCUAGUGGCGUCAAACGAGGUGGCGAGCCGGCCUGUCAGCAGUGGCGGGCUAGGGUACACGGGCGUGAUGUCGACGCUGGAGGGAAUGACGCAGGAGGUGGUAGAGUGGAACCGCGACCAUGAGGGGGCCGUCCUCGGGGAGCGGAAGGUGUACCAGACCAGCGUCUCGCUCGCCGACGAGAUCGCCAGGGCAGCGGCGAAGAUCGAGUCGGUCGCGAGGUGAGGCCGGCCGUCGGCGCGAAACAAAAAAGCUCCUUACGAGUAAUUAUCAGGGUAUCAAACAUUAAAAGACAAUUAAACACCCCCCUUC